GUGGAACGGAGCCGCGCUCUGUGCUGCGCUCCGGACCCACCAUGGGCAACUGCGAGGGUCGCACCGAUUUCGAGUGGGUCUACACGGACCAGCCGCACACGCAGCGGCGCAAAGAGAUGCUCGCCAAGUACCCGGCCAUCAAGGCCCUGAUGCGGCCCGACCCCCGCCUCAAGUGGACGGUGCUGGGGCUGGUGCUGGCGCAGCUGCUGGCCUGCUGGCUGGUGCGGGGCCUGGAGUGGCGCUGGCUGCUCUUCUGGGCCUACGCCUUCGGCGGCUGCGUCAACCACUCGCUGACGCUCGCCAUCCACGACAUCUCGCACAAUGCCGCCUUCGGCACGGGCCGCGCCGCCCACAACCGCUGGCUCGCCGUGUUCGCCAACCUGCCGGUGGGGGUGCCCUACGCCGCCUCCUUCAAGAAGUACCACGUGGACCACCACCGCUACCUGGGCGGCGACGGGCUGGACGUGGACGUGCCCACGCGCUUCGAGGGCUGGCUCUUCUGCACGCCGGCCCGCAAGCUGCUCUGGCUGGCGUUGCAGCCCUUCUUCUACUCGCUGCGGCCGCUCUGCGUGCACCCCAAGGCCGUGACCCGCAUGGAGGUGAUGAACGCGCUGGUGCAGCUGGCCGCCGACGCCGCCCUCUUCGCCCUCUGGGGGCUCAAGCCCGUGGCCUACCUGCUGGCCAGCUCGCUGCUGGGCCUGGGCCUGCACCCUAUCUCGGGCCACUUCGUGGCCGAGCACUACAUGUUCCUCAGGGGCCACGAGACCUACUCCUACUACGGGCCCCUCAACUGGAUCACCUUCAACGUGGGCUACCACAUGGAGCAUCACGACUUCCCCAGCAUCCCCGGCUGCAACCUGCCCCUGGUGCGGAAGAUCGCGCCCGAGUACUACGACCACCUGCCGCAGCACCACUCGUGGGUGAAGGUGCUCUGGGACUUCGUGCUUGAGGACUCCCUGGGGCCUUACGCCCGCGUGAAGCGGACGUACAAGCUGGCAGAGGAGCGACUCCGCAGAUUGUGCUUCCCGGGGCCGGUCGUGCCUCUAGCCCGGCCUCAGACUGAGCCCCCUUGGCUGGACCCUGCCAGCCUUGGGCCAGCGGGUCUCCUUCCUGGCCAUCCCAGGCCGCGCCCCAUCGGCCCCCCACCCCAGGGGACUGCGGCUGCUCCACACCUUGUGCUUGGGCGGCACUCCUGCGGGUCCCGCGUGGGGGUCCACGUGGCCCCGAGGCCCCUCAUGGGACACCGUCCCUGUCUCCAGCCUGGCGGCCUCCUCCAGGAGCGGCCUGGAGCCGGCGUGAGAGAGCGAGCCGGAGCCAGGGGUGUGGACAGUAAGCGUUUAUUAGCACGUGGACACAGACACCGCGGUGCGUGGACAGACUUCAACCACCACGACGCUGGGGGCCGUCACCUAGGAGAAAACUCGGAAACCACCUACGGAAGCGUGUGAUCUGGGGAGUCCUCUAUAAACCAAAAGAAAUGGACGCUUAAAUAG